CACAGCAACGAUGUCUUGCUACGACCUGUGCCCACCAAAAACCAGCGUCGCCGUCCCUCAGCCCAUCGCUGAGAGCUGCAACGAGCUGUGCGCCCGCCAGUGCCCCGACUCCUCGGCCUUCAUCCAGCCGCCCCCGGUCGUGGUCACCUUCCCCGGCCCCAUCCUCAGCUCCUUCCCCCAGCAAGCCGUGGUGGGCUCCUCCGGAGCACCCGCCUUUGGGGGCUCCCUGGGGCUGGGGGGCCUCUACGGUGCCGGGGCCACCCAGGGCUCGGGAGGCCUCUGCACCUUUGGCAGACCCUACGCUGCUCCUGCCUGCAGCCCUUGCGUCUUGCCCCGCUACACCAAGAAGCUCUGGGACACCUGUGGGCCCUGCUAG